GCCAUUUACUACUGUAUCUACUCCCAGGAGCUCUGCUUUGCAAGUCUGACUAUCAUGAUGGCCGAGUGUUACUUGUAUAGAUUGCCAAACGAGCUCCUUCUACACAUCCUCACCCCCAUACCAACGCCUGAACUGCUUCCUCUAACCGUCCUUUCGCACCGAAUAUACACACUCAUCCUACGAAUCCUUCACAACCGUCUCGUCGCAGCCGCAGAAUUAAACUCACACUCCCUACUUCUCGAAUGCUACCACCCCUCCGCGAAGCUAACCGAGCCACCCUACUUCUGUGCAUACCGCGGCACAGACGGCCUGUCAUACUAUGAGAACCCCUACGAAGCCGAUACAUACAAUGCGGCAAGACUCGGUGAGAUGCGCAACAUGUACUCCCGCUUCCGACCCUAUCGGCGCGAGCUAGAAAGUGGCGGGAGGAGAGUGCGACCCGGAGACGUGCCUGGGAGUCGGACUUUCCCUGGGACUGUGCAGGACAAACAUGAAGGCGAGACUGUCAGGCAAACAAUAAGUCUGGAGGCCCACGAGCUGUUUACGCAAUUAGUCGCGCAGACAAACCUAGCCAAGAUCGCGGCACGAAAUGGCAUGUUUACUUCUUUCGUUGAGGUCGAGGAGGGUGUGCUCAGAGUGUGGAGAGAUUGGUUGAGCAAAAUGGCCGCGAAGAGUGCGAGAGCCAGUUUGAAUCCACAACAGAAGGCGUUCGAAGUAGAGGGCAAAGGGAAACAGGCUGUCAACGAGACUGCCAGCGAAAAGGUAGACCCGGAUGACGAGAGAAUAUUAUGGCUCAGUCUGGAUAAGAACACCGGCAUACGUUUCAAUGUGAAGGAAAGAAAGUUUAUCCGAGACACACCGAUUCUCGUCGGCCCAGACGAGGACAUACCUGUCGCCUACGAGCUAGAGUACGAUGAGGUUUUCAUACGGACAUCCUAUCUACUGCUCAAGCUCGAGAAAUCAAUGGUACAAGAAGACAACGCGUCUAAGACAGCAGUCGUGUUCGGGUCAUUCGGUUAGCAUUCAACUAGGUAAAAAAGAUCAAUCACAACAAGUCAUCGUGAGGUGCGUGAAGCAACAGCACGAGUCAUGCCCCUUGCCAGAAACCAACACACUGCCCGGCAAAAAGACAGUUCCCAUCACGCUCAAGGGCAAAAACAAAUGACCCCAAGCCGACUCGAACGGCUAACCUUCAGGUCUGGAAUCUGACGCGCUACCAUUGCGCCAUAGGGCCUUGUGUUUGAUGAGAGACCAG